CACAACUAAAUUGACUAGAAAUGUAUUUCAGUCACGCUAUUCUUCUGGUUCAUUGUAUAGUGCUGGCUGGAGCUGCCCAUUUAAAGAAAGAAGAAAUAGCAGAAACCAUUGAUGAACUGGAUAACAAUGACGGAAGACAAAUACGCAAGAUAAAUCAACACAGGCAAUUACAGGACAAGGACGAAAGCUAUAUCCGCAAUUAUAAUGCCUUUCGAGUCAAAAGACAGCUUAAGAAAAACCUACGGACACUUGAUAAUAAAAAGGGUAUCGAUGAGGGGUACAAACUUGAUAAUAUAACGGAUCUUGAUCCUAAUUCGUAUUUGGCGUUUUUAUUGAAUGGAAUGAGUAUUGAUGACCACGGAAAAGUACACCAGCCCAUUGGACGUCAUAACAAGAAUACAACGAGAGCCAUUGCAGACAACUUAGAUCACCAUAAAAACUCUCGUUCUGAUCCAUCUAAGAGAAAUUUUGAACCAAAUUGGUUUAGUUUGUGGCCGGGCGGAAUUGUUCCUUAUGUGAUUCAUUCAAUAUUUUCUGUUUCCGAAAGAAUACGAAUUGAUAAAGCAAUAGCAGAUUUUAACGAAAAAACAUGUGUAAGGUGGAUUCCAUAUGACAGCAGUAUUCAUACUCAUUACGCCAUUUUUCGGGAUGAGGGCAGAGAUGGGGGUUGCGCAGCGCAUGUUGGACAAAUUCCGGAAACUCCCAAUGAAAUAGAUUUGCAAAGAGACGGAUGUUUAGAUCAUGGAACAAUUUUACAUGAAAUGCUACAUUGCGUUGGUGCUGUCCAUGAAAUGUCUCGACAUGACCGAGACAAUUAUAUGACUGUUGUUAUGGAAAAUAUCGAAGAGGGACAGGAUACAAACUUCGAAUUAUCUUAUACAAAAGAUAUUUCUCCAUUUGACCCAGCAUCCGAUUUAAUGUAUGGUAUAUAUUCAUUCUCAACCAAUGGAGAUAAAAUAAUUAAAUUCCAUGACUGGAGACAAGAGUUUCUUGCAGGAACUGGUACAGGUUUCAGUUUCUAUGAUAUUGCGGAUGUCACUGACGCUUAUGGAUGUACUGAUUGGUGUGACUCACCACCUACCUGUCAGCAUGGAGGAUUUGUUGAUAAAAAUUGUUCAUGUGCUUGUCCUCCAGAUUUAACUGGCACUGUUUGUCAACAACUUAAACAAAGUAAUUUCAACUGCGGAGGUACUGUUAAUAUAUCAGGCGGUAAAACAUAUUUCCUGACGUCACCAAAUUACCCAUCGAAUUAUGACCUCGAUGUGCAGUGUGUAUGGUUAAUACAGGGAGAUCCUGGCAACCACAUAAGAGCAACUGUUACCGAUAUGGAUAUAAGCAAUAACGACAAUGCGUGUUAUCACUGGAUAGAAAUGGUUUAUGACCUCCUUGCCAACAAAGGUCCAAUGAGAUGCGGUACUACGAACCAUGAAGUAUGGGAUACAUCUUUCGACGGAGAAAUGAAUACAAUGAUCAUCAAAUUUGACAGCCUUAAAGGAGGUGAUAAGGCUGCUAGUCGGGGUUUCAAUAUAACAUUAGAAUCAAUUGGAACAGGAUGUGAGGAUUAUCCGUGUAUUCAUGGCUCGUGUUUCAGUCCAUUAAAUUCAAACAACUUUACCUGUACAUGCACCCAGGGAUUUAUUGGAACUCACUGCGACGUACCCUCAGGUUUGAAAUAA